AUGUCGCCGCGGCGCUCCUCGCGGGCCCGCACCACCCAGCCUCCACCAAGUGCUCCACCUCACAGCAGUACCUCCUCGUCCGUCUCCUCAGCUCGCGAUAGAAACGCUCGAGCGAGCGUCAAGCAGCAAUCGCCCCGAAUCUCCGCAACUCCACAGUCGCAGCUCUCAUCCGAAAACGGCGACAACGCCGCUCUCGCCCCACCGACCCAGCCGCGUCGCUCUGCUCGCGGACAAGACGUCAACGAGCACGAGGCCGCGAAGUUCGAUACCGAACUUGACGACGAGGAGGAAGCCGGCGACGAAGAGGAGAUCACGAGGUGUGUCUGUGGCCACCAGGACUACCCGGGUCCGCCCUCAGAUCCAAAGUCUCCGCCACUGGGGGGACUGGAUCCUCAGAACGACGAAGCCGGCGGCCUUUUCAUACAAUGCGACGUUUGCAAGGUCUGGCAACACGGCGGAUGCGUGGGCAUCAUGGAGGAGAAGGACAGCCCGGAAGAGUACUUCUGCGAGGAGUGCAAGAGGGAGCUACACAAGAUCAUGACCGAUCACAAAGGGCAACGAUACUCUCGCUACUUACCUGUCUGGGAACAGCAGCACCCGAAGCACUCAGCCCGCAAGACCUCCGUAUCGAAAGACGCCGAUAAGAAUCCGAGGGACAAGGACAAAACAACAGGUCGGGGCAGCGUGGAUUCUAUCACGAAGAGGCGAUCGACCAUGAACAGCAGGGCAGCCUAUGAGGAAGACGAGAUGCUACGCAAAGUCAUUGAGGAGAGCAAACACGAAGGCGAUGGAGUCAAGACCGAGAAUGGCAACAGAAAGGGCAAGCGGAGCCGUGAUGAGAGUGAAGAUACGAGACAAGAGAACAAGCGACAGCGAAGAAGCUCCAACUCGCCAUCCCCACCACCAGCGUCCGAGUCAGAGGCCGAGGGUGAAGCGACGAAGACGACAGCGAACAGUCACAAGCAGAAACCGCGCGGCGCUGCGGCAAGAAGUCAGCGCGAGAAAGAGAUGCGGGAGGCGAAAGAGCGCGAAAAGGCGGAUCUGGCAAAGAGCCGUAAGGCACGCGCUGAGCGGAGGAGGGUUGGAGAACCCGAAAUGAUAGAGAACAGCCCGGUGCCUAAGGAACUUGAGGACUACAAUCUGCCCCCUGAACCUUCACCCAAGCAUUUGCAUACCCCAAAAGCCGCCACGCCCGUUGUUCCGGAGAGCAGGACAAAAGACAAGAAGGGAGGGACCACUGGGAAGGCGCCUCAAAGAAGAGGGAAGCUCGGUAGGAAUCAAUACACACGCGAUCGAGACCCACCCGCAUCUACACCACCUGGCAGCGGCAACAACAAGGACAAGGACAGGACCAAGGAUCCUUCGCCGGCAUCGCAAACUCGCGCAACGAACGGCGCGGACCACAAUAAGACGGACAGCGAUGGAACUGUGAGCGGCAGCAUACACAGCAAGAACGGCAAAGCGAAGCCAUCGAACAGCAAGCUGGAAAAGACGAGCUUCAACGAGAUGAGGCGAAGAGCGUCCGGCAUGCUGGAGUUCAUCAGCCGCAUGCAGGUUGAGAUGGCAGGAGAGAAGACAACGACGACUACGGUGGCGGCGGCGGCAGUCAGCAUGACGCUUAAGGUUGUCGAGGGCGCUUUGGGACCGGAAACAAGGGACAAGGGCUUCGAGCAGAUGAGCAGCUUGGAGAUGAUGGACCAUCUCACGAGGCGACUCGUCAUGUGGCAGAAGGAUUUCGGAACCUGA